AUGAUGACCCCUACCAACGCCCCACCGGCCUACGUGGCUGCGCCUCAGCCCGUCGGCCAGCAACAACUGGUGACGGUGCAACCCGCUGCCGGCGUUACUUUCGGCACGGUCAACCCACAGCCUCGAAGUGGUAACUGGAAGGGUAUUCUAUGGACAGGAAUAAUUCAAGUGGUUUUGGGUUCCUUGACCGUCAUUCUGGGGAUUGUCACCCUUUCAGCAUUUAACCGUGUGAACGAUAGCAGUGAUAUUGCAUCCCCACUUUGGUGUGGUAUCGUAUUCUAUGGCUUCGCUGGAAUCUGUGGAAUAGUGUCUGGAUCUAAGAAGCAUUCUGGAUGGGCUGUCGGCUACAUGGUCAUGUCCAUCUUGGCUUGUUUGGCGACGUGCUGCGUCAUUGGUUUUGGUGCUGCCAGGAUGUCAUUCAUCAAUGAACACUGCUAUCCGCGUUUAAUUACGCGUUAUCUUUAUAAUUAUUAUGGCCGCGUCGUGGCCGUCUUCGUGGCCGUCUAUGACGAUCCUCGUUCACACUGUGAUUUGAAGGCAGCCAUCAAUGAUGUUUCUGCUACACUGAUACUUCUCGCCAUGGUGGAGUUUAUUGUCGCCAUCAUUGGUGCCAGCAUGGCCUGUGGUCCCCUUUGCAGUGGUGGAUCAGCAACUCAGACUGUGAUCCACUACCAAGCUCGACCACACGUGGUGGUUACCACACAGCCUUAGGGACCGGCCUUCUACAACGUUCCCGCUGGCCAGCCACAAAUUGCCUACCCAGCUCAGCAGGGGCAGUAUCCACAGGUUCAAGCGCCCCCACCUGCUUACCCAGCCCAGCAGGUGCAGUAUCCGCAGGCUCAAGCGCCCCCAACCGGUGAGCAACAGAACCAAGAACUCAUUAAAUAGGUCAUCGAUGACCUUUGACCUGAUGGAAUUAUCUUGGGCUUGAAACGGAAUUUAAGUUUUGGCUUGUUCAUGUAAACUGUAUGGAUGCACCUUUUGCUUUUAGCAGUCACGCGUCAAGAAAUAGGUUCAGCGCUAAUGCGAUAUGUUGCUCUGGCUCCAUUUUAGAAUAUUUUUCUCAAAUGAAAGCUAGAAUGUUGGAGGUGCUUCAUUUGUAUCAAGCAGUCAAUGAAAAAAAGUAUAAUAUACUCAGAUAUUUACUCAAAAGCUGUUGUAACAUUACGCAUAAUGUAUAUAUUAAAUAAAGUAAUAAUGUGCCAUUCCCGAAAUCACAGCCUCGGCUGUAGACAUUCGGUGCAUGUUUUGCGUUUCCGACUGAAACACACGUUAGUUUUGUUUGAUUGGUUUGCCGCAUAUUCAAAGACGUCCAUCACUGAACGCCAAAGGCAGUGUCUUUCUGUUUGUUUUGUGCAUUCGAAAUUGCUCCGGCGCCAAAUUUAGCCUUAACCAACAGCAGGUUCACCGCUUUACAAAUAAAGGUGUGACCAAUAUAAGCUUUUAUAUAACCGACAUACAAAUUAUUGUCAUUUGAUUGGUGGAACUCACAUCAGAAUAUUGAGUUUAUGUUAAAUUGUUUGAGGUUCUAGAUAUGGAAUUUAUUGCCUUAGUUUUUAAAUUGGAAGGGGUUUCGGUUUUAUGUUUCACCUGGGGAAUCUGUAUGAUAAUGAAAUAAAAACAGUUCUCUGUACAACGCAUAACGAGCUGCUUCUUCGAAUUAGAUCCAUUGGUUGAUCAAGCUGGUAUUGAUGGAAUAGCCCACAUUAGCUUUCUUGCAUUCACAGCAAAAACAAAUUAAAAAAAAAGAAUGCAAGAUUGCUGACUUGAUAUAGCUGCUGUGACUUUUUAAACCCGUUCCGUUGACUUAAACAGCACUUGGCGUAAGUUGCACACUUAUUUGUUUUCUUCUUAAAAGAGAUGUCUAAGCUUUGUCAUUCACACAUAUUAUAUUAGUCAGUACUACUGAGAUUUGUAUAUUAUAUGUACACAGUACUCAUUUUGGUUUUGCUAAUGUAUCAAUGAGCAAAUGAUAUGUCCCGAUGAGAAGAUGAUGUUUGAACGGUUUUUUUUGUAAUUGUUAUUAUGAGUAAUUAUUGUUUGAUAAUAUGUCUGUCAAUUUUGUUUGCAUCAGAACUUCCCGUACCGGGGGGGGGGGGGGGAGAGACCUUCUGUUGUGUUUGUGUUUGGUCAGGCUGCUAAAAACUCCGUUCCCCUGAUUUCAUUUCUGGGAUGCUUUCCAUACAACAAUUAAUGUUCUUUAGUCUUAAGAAAUAACAAAUGGGAAUGGACACGCAAACUUGUAAGCAUGAUAUCACGUUUAUUGUGAUUAUGAUUUAAUGUUUCUUUUUUAUCGCAACUUCGUUAUGCAGAUCCUAUAUCAAAGGUUUUAAAUAGACAGAAUGUUUUGGUUCUGAUCGCUCAACAUUAAAUAAAUAAUUUUCAAAUGUUUGAAUUUGCUUUUAAAUUCUGUACUUGUACUUUUAUAUUUGUUGUGAAGACUUUUCGUCUGGCCUAGACAAAAUAUAGUAUUGGACCCACGAAACCUCA